AUGUUAGCUGAAAGCUCUAUAGGAAGAGAAGAACAAGAUAAUCGUAAAGGUCGACCACCUAAUCAACGAUUUCCUUUUCAAAAACAACAUCCUCAAGCAACAAUCUACUUAAUGAUGAAACAUACUAAACAUCGUGUACCAGUCCUUUAUGCUCCUCAAAUACCUCGGCGAGAUCGUGAAACACCCAAGAGCGAUAUUGCCGAGCUAUUCUUAAACUUUUUGCGCCUUGGCGAAUUGUAUCUGACCUUUGUGAUGUGA